UCCAGGAUCGCUCCGCUGAAUCCGCCCGCGCGUCGCCGCCGCCGCCGCCGCCCCCCGUCCCGGCCCCCCCCGGGUUCCCUUAGCCCAGCCCGGUCCAGCCCGGUUCCCGGGAGGAUGAAGUUCGUGUAUAAAGAGGAGCAUCCGUUCGAGAAGCGCCGCUCUGAGGGCGAGAAGAUCCGAAAGAAAUACCCGGACCGGGUUCCGGUGAUUGUAGAAAAGGCUCCCAAAGCUCGGAUAGGAGACCUGGACAAAAAGAAAUAUCUGGUGCCUUCUGAUCUCACAGUUGGCCAGUUCUACUUCUUGAUUCGGAAGCGAAUUCAUCUCCGAGCUGAGGAUGCCUUGUUUUUCUUUGUCAACAAUGUCAUUCCGCCCACCAGUGCCACAAUGGGUCAGCUAUACCAGGAACAUCACGAAGAAGACUUUUUUCUAUACAUCGCCUACAGUGAUGAGAGUGUCUACGGCCUGUGAAACUGCUGCCCCCGAGGUGGGGGGGUCCCGUUCUACAAAGAGAGAGGUGGCCCCCCUUCCUUGACCCAGCUCUCUUCCAGGCCACCACCACCUCCCUUCUUCAGGACCUGCACUUCCUAAUGUUCGAGGCUCCUCUCCAGCCCUGCUUCGUAGGAGGGUUCAUGGGGAGGUGGCUUCUCGGAUCUCUCCUUUGUCCCCUUUCUCUCACCACCUUCCCCACUCCGCUUUAGACAUCUCAAUUGUCUCUCUGUCACAUCCAGUGAUUGCUUUGGUUUCUGUUCCCUUUCUAACUGCCCAAGGGGGUUCAGAACCCCGAUAUUCCCUUCCUUUCAACUACCUUCUUUUUUGGGGGUAGAUGGAAGGGACCGAAAUUGUGGGGGGAAGGUAGGAAGCACAUCAAUAAAGAGGAAACCACCAAGCCGAA